AUGGGUGUUCAGAAAAAGACUCGCAAGUUUGCGCUGGCUAAGCGAGCUAUCUCCAUGCGGGAUAACCGCCUGAAGCAAAAUCAAGACAAGAAAGAAGACAAAGGCAAAGAGGCCAAGGAUGACCUCGUCAGAGAGGCUCCUCAGGCUCCUUCGUCCAUGUUCUUCCAGUAUAACACUGCGCUUGCUCCCCCAUACUCUGUACUCGUCGAUACCAAUUUUAUCUCCCACACCAUUCAGCACAAACUCGAGGUGAUUCCAACCAUGCUCGACUGUCUGUACGCCAAAUGUAUCCCCAUUGUCACCGACUGCGUACUUGCCGAGUUGGAGAAGCUUGGCCCGAAAUACCGACUUGCCCUGCGUGUUGCCAAAGACCCUCGGUUCGAGCGAGUCAAGUGUGACCACAAGGGUACAUAUGCCGAUGACUGCCUGGUAGACCGUGUCAUCAAGCACCGCGUUUACAUUAUCGCGACAAACGAUCGUGAUCUCAAGAGACGUAUCCGCAAAAUUCCUGGAGCACCCAUCAUGAGUGUCGCUCGUGGAAAAUAUGUCAUCGAACGACUCCCUGAUGCCCCCGAAAAAUGA